AUGGGACAGCCUCAGUCCAAGGCCGGGAGGCCCGGGGUGUUCCAUAGGCCCGUCUCGACGAUAGUGAACGAUAGAAUGGAUCGGUUCCCGACCGUGUGGCAAGAUCUCCCUCCCGAGGUGAUGCACCCUCGACGAAAAGAGAGAGAAUCUCUGGCCUCCCAGGAUACGGCAGCUGCGUCUGAGUCCAGGACGCACGAGCGAGGUGAUGAAAGACGACUGGGAGUCGGUGAGGACGACUUCCACCAUGUCGGGCAAAAGCUGGGCUUUUCAGGAGCUGGUUUUGAGGAUGAAGGGCGGGAUUCCCUGUUCCGGCUCUGGAGAGGGCGUCUUCAAGUACCAGGAUUUCCCCUUGACCAUGUCCAGGGCGUCACGGAUAGGGACCUUGAGAAGCAAGAUCGGCCCGAUGACGGCAACGGCCAGAAGUACGAGCCCGGCGACAUUAAGCAUCACGACAUAGCAGGCGACCAUGCCGACGAGGCCACAGAGCCAGACGCCAAGAAGGAAUUUGGAGCAGACCUUGCACCUCCAGUGAAAUCUUCUCCAUGCCUCGUAGUCUUCGGCCUCCAUCCUCCAGGUUCCUCUUCGCCCGGUCGCGGUGCCCUCCUCGUCCUUCCUUCACAUCGAACCUCGUAG